CUUCGAGCUCGUGUGUUCUCCUCUAAAACUAUAACAGGCAGAGUGUAUUAGAGCUGUCAAAAAUAUGGUCGGUCUACUUACUUCUGUGAGAGAUCAUAUUAGAAGCUGUCUACGAAAUCAUCUUUCCGCAAUUACAAACAAUCUUGAAGCAAGAUGUAGAACGCGCUCUGCUUCCUGGAGUCGCUUCCAUCCUUUAGCCAGGACAUGACCUUCUGUUGUGGUUGUCAGGUUCUGUGGAGAGUCAAAAGCUAGGUCAUGAUAAGCCUGCGAGGAAGACAAGAGAAUGUUAAACCAACUCCCAAGGCCGACAACUACAUCAGCACCACUUUAUCCAAUCAGAGACCCACAGCAGUAUGAUUUUCAACAUCAAAAUCUAGCAGAAGAUGAUCAUACGUGAGAACAAGCAGGUUUACAACUACAACUACAAGCUGACGUUCAGUCUGCACACACUCCCUCCAAUGGAGUAGAAGUUGUACAACACAUAAAUGCUACCGAGGAAGAAAAGCACAUGAAAAAUGUUGAGGAAGAACGACUACAAAACAUGACGCGUGACUUAAGUUUGCGCGUUAGUCAAGUAGUGCGGGAACAACUAGUGCAAUUAGCCGACGACUUCGACACAGCAGGAGGACCUUGGCGGAGGUAGUUCGAGGAGGAGACGGAGACAGGAAAUACUUAUGAUUUGACCUGAUAGAAGAUAGGAAUGAUUCAAUUGAAGAAGUUGUGCCAUUUUUCCUAGAGAAUUUGAUAGGACUGUCACCUACAAGUGCAACGUAUAGUACCUUGUUAUACAUAAACCAUCAUCAACCUACCCAUCAUCAACCUACCCAUCAUCAGCCUACCCAUCAUCAACCUACCCAUCAUCAACCUACCCAUCAUCAACCUACCUAUACCUUAUCCUGUUGUAUGUGCGAUCUCUUCUAAUUUAUAGCGCAGGAGGAUCCAUAGUCUCGCGACCGCAGCCUCGUUGGAUAGCAGCAUGGCGGAGUCGGUGGAGCGUCGUAUUGACUCUCCUAGAAGUACCGACCAGGGGCAACAAAAGUACUACUAUCUUGUCGCGGAUGAUAGUGGAGACGAUCAUGAAGGGGCUGAUUUGGAAGAUGCUAACAAUGUUGAAGAUAUUAAUCAAAGUCAAACAACUGGAGGUAGAACCAGUAGUCCAGCUGCGACGAGGAAAGACCAUCUAUUGCGUGAGUACCUAAAGGAAAAAGAAAAAGCCGAGAUUCAAUAUCGUAAACUUGCUAUUCUCUCGCGCACCCACUCGAUUGAAGGAGGAGCAUGAUCCCCCUUCUUCAUCUCGCUGCCUACUGCUAUUUUGCUUGGACCCAUUUUCGCUCUGAGUCUGACGUAUCAUGAAGAUCAUUUCGCACCCCUGCUUUAUUUUUCCAAACGCGUUUUACUUUUUUUUGUAUGUUCUAUCCAAAGUCGAUUUAUUCUCUAGUCUCGGCUGCCGUGGCUUACGCUUACCACAGACGACGAGCAUGGCAGGUGUAUGUCCUCUGCGUGUGUUGCCGUGUUUUCCAAGUGAAGAACUUCUACCGACGUUUUGCUGUAUUAGAGGCGGUUGCUAUGUGCGAUAGACGACGCAAUGUUGUCUAUCGGCUGAGUAAAUAGUUAGUCUCCUAAAAA